CUCCGCUAGUCACCUCUCAUCAGCGGAGAGGGAAGUAACGUUUUUGAGGGGAUUUAAAGACUUAAAAAAAAAAAAGAAAACUGGAGACGACGUUAGUAACUGAAGUGACACAUGGAGGACGGUGGGGAACUGUAACUACACCCACCACGUCUGGUGUCGGAAUCUCGCCGCGCAGGGAGAUGUUCACGAGUGUGCGGAAGUUUGUGUUUACUGAUGUUGUGUUAGCUGGCAGCUAGCUGACUGGCCCUGUUAGCCUGUUAGCGAGGAAGGUGCGCGCGCCUGGACGUUAUAUGUUCAACUUAACGGUGGAGUGAGACAGCAGACAUGUCCCCUUCUGGUUGUAUUAGAACAUUAUAUAUACAUUUUAAAAAAAGUCAGGUAGAUGUUACGGUAAGCUGUUAGCUCCAACAAGAAACUCUUUGUAACGUUGGCCAGGACCUUUAAAUCUCGUGGGAUCGAGUGAAACCCCAGCAACUUAUUCUGAUUCAGGGAAGAGGAAAACCCACGUCCACAUCCACGAGUCACGACCCGCAGGUUCACUUCAGAGCUGCGCCGUCAGUCGUUUCAUCGUCACGGAUGACAGGCUCGUAACUGUGGAGACCCUUGCACAGUCCUCACUAACCGGACCUAGUUCACCGUCCCCGUCUGUGAUGGACCCCCGGUUCAGCUGGUGAGACGCGUGGACACGGACCAGAAGAAGCCAGACCAUGGGAGGAUGCGUGGGGAGAUACUGGGAGGGCUGGGAUGACACACAGAGCCGAGGCUCUUCCAGGAACGGCGGGCGAGGAGGACGCAAUGAGCCUCUAAAGAAAGACCGGCCCAAAUGGAAGAGUGACUACCCGAUGACGGAGGGACAGCUACGGAGCAAGAGGGAUGAGUUCUGGGACACGGCUCCAGCAUUCGAGGGCCGCAAAGAGAUCUGGGACGCGCUGAAAGCCGCUGCUGUGGCACUGGAGUGUAACGACCACGAGCUGGCGCAGGCCAUCGUGGACGGAGCCAGUAUCACACUGCCACAUGGUACUCUUGCAGAGUGUUACGAUGAACUCGGGAACCGCUACCAGCUGCCUGUUUACUGCCUGGCUCCGCCCGUCAACCUCAUCUCGGAACGCAGCGACGAGGACCCCAGUGACAGUCCGGAACCCCCUGUAGCACCCAAAAAGGAAUUCCAGCUCAAGGUACGACUGUCAUCAGGUAAGGACCUGCGCCUCAGUGCCAGCAUGGCUGACACCAUAGGGCUGCUGAAGAAGCAGCUGCAGGCCCAGGAAGACAUCGACACCACCCACCAGCGCUGGUUCUUCUCUGGCAAGCUGCUCACGGACAAGACGCGGCUGCAGGACGCUAAGAUCCAGAAGGACUUUGUCAUUCAGGUCAUCGUCAACCCGCAGGCCCUGCAAGACCCCAAGCUGUCACCAGCCUUGUCUGAAUAAAUGAGAAUCAACAGGAGUCCAAGUCAACAGGACAAGUGAAGGGAGGACGGAUGGGGUGGCAGACACUAAAGGACCAGAGGUGCAUCUUAAAGUAGUACUUUGAGGGUUUUUUUUAGUGUGGGUGUAUGAGGUAUUGACAGUGAUACCAUGUUCUGGAACCAGUCAGCAAAAGGCUCACCUAAUUAAAUGUACACGUGAAGAGGUCUAAGAUAUCUUCAGAACAUUUUAGCUUCUUCAAACUGAAGUUUGUGAACUGCUCACUUUCCCACACCAAAAUCCAUGAUGAAAAUCAGUGUUCUUAGCUUGUGACGACACAGGAGCUGCUAUUCUGCGUCUUUGGAUCAUUUUGUGUCACUUUGUUAAGUCUGAAUUAAGGAUUUCAAACACUGAAGUCACAAAACAAGACAUAUGAACUUACAAAUGGAGUCAGCAGUGGAUCAACAACUCCUCUGUGCCAUGAUGUAAAAUCGCUGAUUUUCUCUAUGGACUUUGGUUUGGAGAGCGAGAGGUUUCCAGUUGGAAAAUUCUGCCUGACAGCAAAGUAAAGCAGCAGACGUGUUCUUAAGAUGCUUUAGACUUAAACGGGUGUAGAUUUUUAGUAGCCUUUUUAUUCGAAGAGCACCGUGAACUCAGUACUUCAUACAACCACACUUAAAUACACCCAAAUUGUCCCUUAAAUGCUGAAAAUAAAACUAAAGUGGUGGAGGUACGUACCAAACUACAUGAGGGAGAAACUCUAAAGUGCUGCUUUGUUUUUAUCUUUCACGUGUCGUUGAAUUUUUGGGGGACAUUAUCAAGUCAGCCUCUCCGUCUUUUGUCACUUUGAACUGUUAAAGCGAACGUUUAUGAGAAUUAUCAGCCUUUAUGUGUGUGUCACAUACUUAAGAUCCUGCCUCUGCUCUCUUUGUCCGAUCUAAUGGUAACUUCAGUGCCAAUGGAAGAAAAUGCAGCAGAAGUAGAAGCACAUUUCUUCUUGGACACACCCAUGGACUCCUCUGCUCCUCCACAGAUCCAGAGGGAGGCGGCAGAGAGCACCCGAACAUUUCCCCCCCCUCUUACCCCACUCGCCUUUCUUUUACGGAGGAAAUAAUGUAAUCUGAUCUGAGCUUUUUUGCACAUUUGAAGAUUAUUUCUAUACGUUUUUUUGUGGUAGUUUGUGUGCCUUCUACAUGAUAAAACAAACAAACAAACAAAAAAAAAGGGUCAAUGUCCGGGAAGAUGCUAGUUUUACCACUAAGCUAAGCUCUCUGUGUUUUUUAGAUUCAGGAACUCUUUAGAUUGACCCGAGCUGUAACUGUUGCCUUUUUUUGUAUUAUUCUCUGAAUCUUUUGCUGAAAAAUAUGUGGUGUGUGUGUAUGUAUGAGUGUGUGUUUGUGUGUGUGUUAGGGCAAAAACAAUAUACAGUAUAUUUACUCUAUUAUUUUUCAGUUUGACGUAGCUCACUGAGACACGACUGUUUUCCCCCGUCAUUGAAUCAAAUCUUUUGCAUUCAAUCAUAUCAUAGGGCGAUAUAAAUUCCCACAGUCUUAAAAGCAGUGUUACCGUCCACUUAAUGUUCCACCUAGACCACUAGGGGGCAGCAUAAAAUGUCUUUUAGUCUCCUUUUGUCGUCCACCUGAUGAAUGUUAAUGCUGUGUUCAGUCGCCGUUUCUCCUCCGGUAAUUUACAACCUUCCGUCUCUUCUCAAAAUGCUUGACUUUCUUCUUCACCAGCGUCGAUAUAGAAAAUGGCCGCCCAGCAAAUGUAUUAUGUGAUGGGGGGGUGUCAAUGAGAGCCAUUAGUGAAGCAGUGAACCAAAACAAUGAGCCAGAAAAGCUGCAGUGUUGAUUCUCAGUAUUAUAAACAACCAGCUGACAUAAAAAAAAUUAAAUAUAAUGGAUUUUAGACAUGAUCAGUGUCUGUGGCAUGUGAUACUUUGUGGACAUUUCUCUGAAAUUGUCCAGAAAGUCUGUGUGUGAGAAAGAAAUGUUGUAUUUUGGAACAAAAUCUCAGCUACUGCAUUACUGAAUCUACUGCUAAAUCUCCAGUGUGUAAGAAUUAGUGACAUCUAAUGGUGGAACCGAGUAUUGCAACAAACAAGCCUUCAGCCCUCCUUUUACCUGUGCGUCAGCGAACUACGGUGGCCUUCACAUACCAGAAAAGAUGUGUGCGUUUUUAGUUUCUGCCUGAAAACCCAAGAUGCACACUGUGGCUGUUCUACGGCUGUGAAAGACAAAAAUAAUUUUGUAUUAUUUACAGCAGUUAUACACCUAAACAAACGUACUUGCUUAUAAAUCCUCCUAAUUGUUACACACUGGAACUUUAAUUUUCCUUCAGACCCCAUUUUCUGACAGUUCAUGUCUAAAAACAGCAAUAGUUAUAUAGCUAUAGGACUUGAACUAUCCCUAAUGACGUCACAGUGAUGUCAUUAAGAAUGUGGGCAGACGAUCAUUGUUUUUAUUCACUGCUUUACGUUCAUUUUUUUUUCAUCAAAUCACUUUUUUUUUGUUUCAUUUACAAAUCGUUUAUUUUGGGAAUUUCUCACUAAUAUUAAUCUAAACUUGAAUGAGCAUUUUUCUCUGUACGUGCAAUACAUUAUAGACAUAGACCUCAUGCAUAUCUUAUAUUUUUGACUUCAUUAAGCACCGGGUGAUGAGUGUUAUUAGAAUCAUGUCAAACUGCAGGUACAAACCCGCCUGUUACAAUCAUUCACUAACCAUUCACAGACUUUCCUUGCUGUCUAUUUUCGGGUCCGUCCUUGUGUGUUUGCAGGUUAGGGCGUUUACUGAGCCUCAGGGUGAGGAAAAGAUCUGCUCGCAACGUUUGUUGGCGGCGGCGGCCUCGCUGAAAGUGAGCCUUUGUCCUCGCGUCUCUCACCAUCUGUCGGUAGUGUGAUGCAACACGGAGCGACUGUCGGGUCCCUCAGGGUAUGAACUCACAAAAAAGGAAGCUCCUCGCUUAUCGCUGUGUAGCAAACACAAACCAUUUUUUGAUCCCUUAUCAGUACAGAGUCGCUUACAGUAAAGUCACCGCUGAGGUGUUUCCAGGGAGGCGAGCACACAUUUUGUUUUAAUCAUGGUUAAAUGUUUGGACACAAAGCAUAGACUGUAUGUAAGAAUGGAUGUAGUCUUCUGGGGGGGCAACUCGUUAGGGAAGUACAUGUAAAGAUGAGCUUACUCUUGAGGAUUUCCUCAAUCACUGGUUUCCGCUCUUCAACAGAACAUGAUGUCAGUUUUGUAAAUUAUGUUCCAAUGGAAAAUGGAUGAUAAAGAAUGACUUAAGAGAGAGUCGAUUGUGAUUGACGGCUGAUUCUUUUGCUGGACACUUUCUUUUUAUUUGCCUCCUGAAGACUAAGUCCAUUUUAAUAUUGCCUAUUCAAUGAUUGUUAUAUUGCCUAAAUCUACCCUGAUGACAAAUGUAGCGUAGAAUAGUCUGACUAUUAAUAUUUGACAUACGUUUUAUUUGUUUGUUUACAGCAGACAUUUUUGACCUGUCAUAGAAAAUGAAAAGCACAAGUGUUGUUUUUUUAUAUAUAUAUUACACAGCAUAGACGCUGCGUCACGUGUCACACAAUUAACAUGAAUGAUUAUGUCCGUUAAAGGUCCAGUGUGUUUUAUAAAGAAGAAAAGUAGUGGUGAGACUGCAGAUUCUGCUCACUACUCCCAAUUUCCCAAGUACUUUUGGGAACUACGGUGGCCUUCACAUACCAAAAAGGAUGUCUGUGUACCUCAUUUUGCUUAGGCUUAGAUUGAUUAAUACAUUUUACACACUGGACCUUUUAGACAAGAGUUUUACUCCAUCCGUGAAAAGUCAUGUGCCUGGUGCAGAUCCACAAAUUAGCCACAGCCAAUCAGAACUCUUUUCUAUCUUUCUGCUGUUUUUGUUUCCAGUGUUUAGUGUAAACGGAGGAUUUCAGUGAGUUGUCACUCCUGUGUUUUCCAAUCCACCUCAGUUAUUAGUUAGUUAGUUUUAAGUAGUUCGCACCAGCUCAGCUUCAAGUCCUGCCACUCAUUUUAGUUUCACUAAAUUUGUUUCCGGUGCAUGAAGUUGUGCCUCGAGUCAGUUUUAUGCAAAGUUCCCCUCUUCUCCUUAGCUUUCAUCUGGAAAAACAAAACUGCACUCAAGUUUCACUUUAUUCGGCUUAUGCGCAGCUUUUAACUGUAUUUUUCAGUCCUUUUUCUUUAGCGGAAUGGGUUUAUGCUCCCAUCUUUUGAGCGGUGGAAUGCGACGAGAUGUGGUUGAAAGCUCCAGAGUGACUCUUGAGUUCAGAUUUUCCAGAACAUUUGCACUUUUCCUCUCCAUCUUCGCUCUACAGUUCUCUAUUCAGGAACAACAACAAACGGACGUGGAUCAGUACACCGGUCGAGAUGCAACACAUUUAAAUAAGAAGCGUAGCUAGACGUCUCCGUGACGACACACAAGGGACUAAAAACCAUAUGUUUAUUAGAACUGGUUCUACAGUAAAAGCCAUAAAAAAAAAAGAAGGAAAUAUUUAUCUCACAGAAAUUAUCACUCAUUGUCACUGUAACAACUCUAUUUCCCAGAAGGCAUUGCAGUAAAUCUCAAAACAGUCUUUCCACAUUUUCUAUACCGUAAAGUGUAAAGUAUGUCUAAUUAAAAAAAAAAUAAAGAAUUAAAAAAAAAAUCGGUAUAUUUAGACAAAGAGAAAAAUUAAAGUCGUUAUAUGGAUGUUUCUUGAUGAUGAAUGACACACAAUUUAUUUUACCACUUGGUGUGUGUUCAUUUUAUAUGCUGGUUUCCUUUUAAAUCAUGUUUUUAAACUGUUGAAUAAAAUUCAAAGUAUUGUA